GGCAGUGACACAGAUGUUGAAGAGCUGAAUCCAGAUGUUCCUCCCCCGGAAAACCCCAAAACGCCCCAGAUCGCCCCGCAGGAUCCAGCUGUGGUGACGGAGACCCCAAACCCAGAUGUUGUUGCCCUGAAUGGUGACAGUGACACCGACGUGGAGGACCUCGGUGGCGUCGAAGCCCCCCAAACCCACGAGGCAACGCAGGGAUUCAUCAAUUCGGAUGCUGUGGCCGCCUCUGCUCCAGAUGCUGCUCCAGAUGCUGCUCCAGAUGUGGCGUUGGCCGCCCCGAAUCCAGCUGUUCCCCCUGCCGUGAGCCCUGGGGGUGGCAGUGACACCGAUGGGGAGGAGGUGGCUCCCACUCCCCACAUUCGGAGCCUCCGGAGCCGAAUCCGACCCCGAAAUCCCAAUGUUGGGAGCAGGGCGACGAGCGGCGGUGCCGACGUGGGGCAGAUGAACCCAAAAUGCGGGAAAUCGACCCCAGAAAGGCAGAGUUUGGCCCCAGAAGCGUGCGGGGCUGGAGGUGUGGGAGGAGCCGCCCCCCAGCGGCACAAUUCAGCCCCACAAACCGACACGGAGAGCCCCAAAGGCAGCGACGGGGCGCAGACACCCAGCAGGGACGCCUCGACGACGGGCAGUGAGGCGGCUGCGGCUCCGGCCCCAAAAUCUCCGGAUCCAGCCCCAAAUUUGGGCCUCGCUGGUGCUGGGCAGCAUCAUCCCAAUGGGGACACGGAUGUGACGGAGGGCGACACCGAGGCUGAGGAUGACCCGGACCUCUUCCUCGCCUCCACGCAGAACUUCCUGCCCCCCACGCAGAACUUCCUGCCACCCCCCCCCCAAGGCGGCUGUCCCCCAGACCCGACCCCAGCUUGGGACCCCGAGGAGCCGACGCAGUGCUUCUACCACCCCGAGGAGGAGGAGGAGAAGGAGGAAGAGGAGCCCCCCCAGCGCCGCGUGGCCUCGCGUGUCCCCACGGUGACGCCGGCCCAGGACGAUUUGGGGACCUUCACAGCGCCCAGCAAGGACGUGGGGGAGGGGCCGCGCCGCAGCCAGCGCCAAACCCGCAGCCGUGGGGGCGGAGCCAGUCGGGAAGGAGGCGGGGCUAAGGCGGCAGGGGGCGGGGCAACGACAGACCCCACCCCCUUGCGCCGCAGCCCCCGCCUCCUGGCCCGGCCAAUUCCAGCGGAGCAAAAGAGGGGGCGUGGCCAGGAUGAGCCCCGCCCACCACCGCCUGCGCCCCGCCCCCGGAGGGGAGGCCACGCCCCCUCUCAGAAGAAAGCACGGGAGGAGGAGGAGCCAGCUGACAUCACCCGGCCCCAGCUCCGCCCCCGGGGAAGCUCCGCCUCCUCCUGCCCCAAGGUGCUGUUCACAGGAGUGGUGGCUUCCCCCGAGAUGGAGGCGGCCCUGGGGGCGCUGGGGGGGUCCAUGGCCGCCUCCGUCUUCGACUGCACCCACCUGGUGACCGACCGCGUGCGCCGCACCGUCAAGUUCCUGUGUGCGGUGGCGCGCGGCAUCGCCAUCGUCACCCCCACGUGGCUCCACCAGAGCGCCCGCAGCGGCCGUGUCCUUCCCCCGGGUCCCUUCCUGGUGCAGGACAGCCAGCAGGAACAGCACUUUGGCUUCAGUCUGUCCCAGGCUCUCAGCCGUGCCCGCCGCCGUCCUCUGCUCCAGGUGACCGUCCCCAAAUGUCCCCAAGGGGCCACACGUGCUCCUGUG